AUGAAGAAUUAACUUAAAGCAUAAAAAUUAUCUGAAGAAGAUGAAUAUGUAAUAUAUAAGACAUACAUUUAGAUGAAAAACUUAAUAGAUUCUUUUAACCUAGAAGAAUUAAAAAAUUGUCUAGAAAAUAAAGACAAAAAAUAUGAUAUUGAAAGCGCCAAUAUCUUGUAAUACUUGCUGGAUAAAAUUGAUGAAAACUUAGAAAAAGUAGUAGGAGAAUUGUAAAAUAAUUCUUGGUUUGACUGCUCUAAGGUUUUAAAAUUUAUUGAAUAAGGAAUGCAUUUUAAUUCUGAUUUUAAGUAAUCCUAUAAUAAUUUUUUAAGGAUAAAUUUCAAGUCUUAUAAACAUUUAAUUGAUAUAAUUGAGUAUACAGAUGAUUUACGUAUUUAUGAAUACGUUUUAUAGAUAUUGAAACAAUUCAAUUUUAAAGAUAGACAAGAUUUAAAUCUAAGAAUUCUUUAUUUCUACAAAAUAUUAUAUGAUCAUCUUAACUCUUAAGCUUCCAAAAAAAUAGAUUUGAUUGAUUAUUAUCACUAAGAUGCAAAAUAUAAAUCAAUGACUAAUUAUCCAAUUGAAAAACUGUAAUAUGAUAUAGAAUAUUAUCUACCAACUAAUUUAAUGAAAAGUUAUGAAUAAUUCUCUUAGUGUUGUAUUCAAACAAAUAGACUAUAAGGAGAGAUCUAAAUUAAAGUAUUAAUAAAAUAUAUAUUUAUAGACAAUUCAAAUAAUUGAUGAUAAUUCCAUUUCAGCACUCAAUUUGUCAAGAAAACUAUUAAACAUGCAUGAUUAAAAUUUUUCACCACUUAUUGAGAUUCUUAAAUAUAAAAUACUGAUUAGACGAGGAUUACUUUCAAAUUCAAAAGAGACCACAGAAUAAACCAGAAAUAUCAUUAUCAAAUUGCAUUUAAAAUCUUUUUAAUAUCUUCAAAAUUUUUUGGAAUCUAAUAAGAAUUUUCCUCGAGAAUUCAAUUAUGAAGUUACGGAUUUUAAAUUUGUUGAGAAUUUUAAUUUAUUUAAGCUUGAAACAAUUGAUGCACUUGUAUUAAAAGAGUUACUUUUAUCUUAUUCAAAUAAUAUCAAUUACUUUUAUAAUAAAAAAAAAGACGAAGAACUAUUAGCACUUAUUUCAGGUGUUUUGUCUAUGCAACAUAUAGAAUAAAAUGAAUAAAUUCUUGGUUAUCCUUUAAAAUACUCUACUUAAAUUAUGAAUGAACGAAUAGCUAGAAACGAAUUGAUAAGUAGUAGUAUCUUUAAGUUUUUCAAAACUUCAUCAUUUACUUAAUUCUUUGUAAAAUAUUAAUUCACAAAUGAAAUAUUAAAAAUUUUAAAAAGAUCUUUGAGUAUUGAAGAUAAUAAAUUAAUGCUACCUCCUUAAUCAUUAAUUUUAGCAAUAAGUCUUUUAAGUUUUUUAUCUAAAUGUUCAGAUCUACAAAGAAAUUAUUAGAUUUUCGAUUAUCUUUUAAUAAGAGCUGAAUACUACAUUAAUUAAAGUCUGAGUUUGUAAAAACCUACUGAAAAAGGUUAUAUAUAAAUAACGAUGGCAGAAGCAGAUGAAAUUAUUUCUGGUGUUAUUGAAGCUAUAAUUUAAGUUUUUGAUACUAAAUUUUUUAAGUCAACUCAUAACAUGAUAGAGGAAUAUGAAAUAUUGAAUAAUAAUUUAAAUAGAGGCUCUGUUUUAGCUACAAAGAUUUUAAGUUCUAAUCUAUUAGGUAUUAUACUAAAUUCAUUACAGCAAACAAUUUAAUUAAACAAAACAAUAGAAAUAACAUUUAAAUUAGUAUCUAAAUUAUUAUAAGCUGCUCCUUAAUUAACUGUCAAAACUAUUGAGACCAACUUACCUGAUUUCUUGAAUAAAAUUAUUUAAAAAAUUGAAAUGGUUGAAUUAACCACAAAAAAAAUGAAAAAUAUUCUUGAUUUUUAUUAAAUGAUUUCCCAACAAGAAAAUGGAUUUUAGAAAUUUAAUAAUGACAUAAUAACAUUUAUUGAUAACGUCUUAUUAUAUCAUUUUAUUACUCAAGAACUAAUUAAUAAUGAGGCAUUAAAAGAUUUAGCCAAAAAAAUAAAAAAAUAUGUAAAAGAUUCAAUUCACAAAGAACAAACAAUAAAAUUAAUUAAUCAAAAAUUCAUCAAAGUAUUAUAAAUACUAAUAGAAUAAUUAUCUGAUAGAUAGAAUCAAUUAAAUUAUUCUGAUUCUUAAUUUGAAUCUUAAUUUCAUAAGAUUAUUAAGAAAAAGGAAGCAAUAGAAUAAUUUAUAAAGGAAAUCACUUGGAAUAAUCAAAUGCUAUAUUCUGAAGAAUAUUUUGAUAUUUUUAUGAUGUUAUUCAAGAUUCCAUAAUUUAAAGAUUUCGAAUUUUUUGGUCUUGAUCCUAAAAAAUGUCUAAUAAAGGUAUUAGAGUUAAUAAAAUUAAGGGAAUGCUCUUUAGACAAAACAUAAUUUAUAGUUUUAAAUAAAUAAAAUUUCCUUGACAAAUGCUCUCCUUAAAUUUAUUAAGAAACUUCUUAGUUUUCUGAAAUUUUACAUUAUUUUAGAGAGAUAGGGGAAACAAUUGAAAAUUAAAUUUUCAAACCAGAUUUAUUAGAUAAAUGUAUUUUCAUAUUUGAAAUUCUAAUUAACUCAUAAUUAAGAAAUUAGGAGAGUAAGAUUGCUAAAAUAAAACAAUAAGAUCAUCCAGAUCAUCCAUGUACAUACUUACUUAGUCUCAUAAUUUAGUUAAUUUUUAAAUUUUAAGAUAAAAAAAAAAUUGUCUAAUUUGUAGAUAGUUUUUUUACUAAAAUUUUAAAUUAUGGUCCUGAAAUAGCUCUUUAAAUGCUUAGUUAAAUUAUAAAAAAAAUUUCUAAAUUUGGUUUUGAGAUUCAAAAUAUGAUUAUGAAUUCUAAAUUAAGCGACAAUUUGCAUAACACUCUGGAGAACUACAUAAUAAAAUCUGUUAACCCAAAUAUACAACUAAUAAAAAACUUUGAAGAUAUACUUAAAUUAUUAUAUGAUUGUUCUAGAUUAAGUAAUAGUUUAUCAAUAAAAAUAAAAAUGAUCCAAGAUAUUUAGAAAUAUAUUUCAAUAAUAUAAAAUUCAUCACACCAAAGCAUUAAAACAAUUUAGUAAUAUUUAUUGCUCUAAGGAUAGUUAAUGCAGAGAUAAAAUUUUUUGGAUCCAAAAAACAAUAAUCACUCGCUUUAAUCGAAAAAUAAAGACCUAGACCUAAUAAAAAAAUUAGAAAAAACAGGGCUUGAAAGGCAAUAUAUAAAUCUGAUUCUUAAUUAAAAUCCUGAUUUUAAGACAGCCUAAGAUUUUUUAAACUAUGAAGCAAUGAGUAGGUAAUAAUUCAUUAAUGGACAAAAUCUACAAAAAUUGAAUAAUUAAUAGAUUGAUGAAACAGUAUAAAAUUUGAUCUAUAUAGAAAUAGAAUAAGAAACUCUCAGGAAUUGUAUUUAGAGAUCUUUUUUCCUUUUACCAAAUUCUGUAAUAGAUAUCUUAUAAGACUUGGAUAUAUAAAUAGAUGAACUUGAACUCUAUAAUUGUUUAGAACUAAUAGUAUAUCAGCUAUUCAAUAUAAAAUUAAAUUUCAAAGGAAAUGGAUAAGAGCACUAAUAGAUAUUAAGUCAACCUAUUGCGAAUAUCAAUAGUUUAAUUGUAGCUUUACACUUGCUUUACAAAUAAAAUAAUUUACCAAAAGAUCAAGAUUAAUUUAUUUUUGAACUACUUAAAUUACUUGAUGUUUUGCUGAAAAAAGAAGAUUAAUUAGAAUAAUAAGGAUUCUUAGCUAUUAAUUUUAGUCUAGCCAAUUUAUAUAAAUUAAAUACAGAUGAUUAUAAUAUCCUUGUUUUAGUUUUAAAUAGAAUAAAAAAAAUCUUAAUUGAUUCUAAUGUUAAAAAUCAUACAACUUCAAAAAUUUGUAUUGAAAUUUUUGUGAAAGUUUUCUAAAAAAGUAAAAAAUUACUAAAUGAAUUUGUUUGUAAAGAGAAUGUUUUGGAAACUUUAUUUAAAUUGAAAGGAGAUUAUAAAUAUCAAUUUUUUAGUCUUUCAAAAUUAGCCAUGUCUAUAGUAUAUGAUUAAACUUUAAUAAGAGUUUAAUUAGAAACAUAAAUAAAGAAUAUACUUUUUAAUUAAGAAAAGAACUAAAUCCAAAAAACUAAUUAAAAUUUAUAAUAGCAAUAUUAUUAUAAUUAAAACACAUAUCCAAUUUGCUUUCAACCAACAUACUAUAAUGUAUAUACAAAGGAACAAUUAAAAAUAUCAAAAAAUCACACAGCUUUGUUAGAUCUUUAAAAAGAGAACUUGUAUAAGGAAGAUUUUACGUAUAUAAUGAUUUAAUUAUUUGAAGAAUAAGUAAAUGAUGAAAAUUUAAUUUUAAAAAAAGGUAUUGCUCUUAAUACAUUAAAUUGUAUNAUUCAUUAAUGGACAAAAUCUACAAAAAUUGAAUAAUUAAUAGAUUGAUGAAACAGUAUAAAAUUUGAUCUAUAUAGAAAUAGAAUAAGAAACUCUCAGGAAUUGUAUUUAGAGAUCUUUUUUCCUUUUACCAAAUUCUGUAAUAGAUAUCUUAUAAGACUUGGAUAUAUAAAUAGAUGAACUUGAACUCUAUAAUUGUUUAGAACUAAUAGUAUAUCAGCUAUUCAAUAUAAAAUUAAAUUUCAAAGGAAAUGGAUAAGAGCACUAAUAGAUAUUAAGUCAACCUAUUGCGAAUAUCAAUAGUUUAAUUGUAGCUUUACACUUGCUUUACAAAUAAAAUAAUUUACCAAAAGAUCAAGAUUAAUUUAUUUUUGAACUACUUAAAUUACUUGAUGUUUUGCUGAAAAAAGAAGAUUAAUUAGAAUAAUAAGGAUUCUUAGCUAUUAAUUUUAGUCUAGCCAAUUUAUAUAAAUUAAAUACAGAUGAUUAUAAUAUCCUUGUUUUAGUUUUAAAUAGAAUAAAAAAAAUCUUAAUUGAUUCUAAUGUUAAAAAUCAUACAACUUCAAAAAUUUGUAUUGAAAUUUUUGUGAAAGUUUUCUAAAAAAGUAAAAAAUUACUAAAUGAAUUUGUUUGUAAAGAGAAUGUUUUGGAAACUUUAUUUAAAUUGAAAGGAGAUUAUAAAUAUCAAUUUUUUAGUCUUUCAAAAUUAGCCAUGUCUAUAGUAUAUGAUUAAACUUUAAUAAGAGUUUAAUUAGAAACAUAAAUAAAGAAUAUACUUUUUAAUUAAGAAAAGAACUAAAUCCAAAAAACUAAUUAAAAUUUAUAAUAGCAAUAUUAUUAUAAUUAAAACACAUAUCCAAUUUGCUUUCAACCAACAUACUAUAAUGUAUAUACAAAGGAACAAUUAAAAAUAUCAAAAAAUCACACAGCUUUGUUAGAUCUUUAAAAAGAGAACUUGUAUAAGGAAGAUUUUACGUAUAUAAUGAUUUAAUUAUUUGAAGAAUAAGUAAAUGAUGAAAAUUUAAUUUUAAAAAAAGGUAUUGCUCUUAAUACAUUAAAUUGUAUGAGUACAAAUGGAAAUCCAAUCUUACAAGUUAAUUUCAAACCUAAAUAAGAAACAUAAAUUCUUAUAAGACUUUUAGUUUAACAAAUGAUAGAAUCUUAUUUUUAAAAUAAUUAACAAUAUCAAUAUCAUUGGAAUACUAUAUUUGAUGUUUUAUAGCUACUUAUUUAAAAAUUUCCAAUACUUUUACCAUAUCUCUUAAAAAUUAAUUGUAGCAACUUUCUAGAAAAAUAUUAUAGAGGAAUUGAUUCUUCAAAAAUCACCUCUAAAAUUUCAUUCCUAACAUUAAUAACAAGAUUUAUAAAUCCAUCUAAUAAUUUUAUAUUUUAUAUAUGUUUGGAUAAUUUAGUUCUUUAUAGGAAAUCUGAUAAUGUAAUUGUUCCUUUUGCAUAUGAUAUUAGAAGAUUAAUAAUAAGGGAGUUAUUUGUUGAGAUUAGUAAAUCUAUUAAAGUUUUAGAUGACAAAGUAUGUCAGUUUUCUAAUAUUUUAAUGAAUUUAUUGUAAAUAAAAUCUGUUGCAAAAAUUUGUAUUCAAAAUAUUAACGACCCUUAAAACUCAUUUAAUUUUAUUAAAACUUAUAUAGAGGGAAUUAAAAAUUUCGAUAUUAGAUAACAUUUUAUUUACAAAAAUCAAUUAUUUUUCAUUCUUAACACUUUAAAUAUGCUUUAUAGUGUUGCUAUAAAUUUACUUUUAGAUAAAACUGAACCGAUUUAAGUUAAUUCUUUCUAAAUGAGUUCAGCAAAGAUCAAUCAUUAAAUAUUUUCAAAUUUUAUGUUACAUUUUCAAGAUCGAGUAAAACAAAACAUAGUUAAGCUUCUAUUUUAAAAAUGGCCUCUAUUAACAAUUAAAAAUGGAAAAUUAUUUGAUGAAGCUUAGAUGGAAGAGGAAUAAGAAAUUUCAUGUAAUUAAUAAAUGAACAUUGAAAAUUAUGAAAAUUAAUUUGAAAUUUGUGCUGAAGCAAUAGAAUAAGAAUCAAUUAAUUGGGUAGAUCUAGAUGAAAAUUAUUAGGUCAAAUAAAAUUUAUCUUCAAAUAAAAAUAAUUUAGAAAUUCAAAAAUUCAAAAAUUAUCAUAUGGAUGAUAAAAAAGAUGAAUUUCUUUGUAAUUCUGGAUAUUUUAAUAUAGAUUUCAAGAUUUAAUUACCUUAAUAAUUUUAACAAUUAUUAAGCUAAUUUAAAAAACUAUUGCCAGGUUAAACUGAAUUACCUAUUUGGUCUAGUACUAGACUUUGGUAAAACGAAAUAUAUUUAAACUCAAAGGUUCAGAUUUUAAAUAUUGAUCAUAAAGAUAAUUUCUAAUAAUAAAUCUAUGAGUAGCAAAUUUAACUAGAUGAUUAAAAUUGGUUAGCAUUAUACACUCAAAUACAAAAUAAGAUAAAGUCUGUUCAGAAUGGCAGGAAAUAGACACUAAAAUUAUUAGGUUUCGUCGAUGACUAAUUUUUAUAACUUGUUACAAAAAUUUUAUAGGUAGAUGAUAAUUUUGAUGACUUAAUAAAUUCCUUUUUGAUGAAUUUAAGUAAUUCAUCUUCAAUAGCCAAUUAAAUAAUUGAUUAUCUUAUUAAUAAAUUGGACAUAAUAAAAAAACAAAAUGUUGACAAAGAUAUGUUUAUUGUUACGAGAACUUUGAUAGUAAAUGAUUUUAAUUAUUAUUCGAAGUUUAUUUCACCCAAAAUUUUAUAAAAUUUAUUAAAUGUAGAAAAAACUUCAAAAAAUAAUUUAUCCUCUUAAAACUUCAAAAUUAUGACCAAUUUAUUAUUUUGGUGGAAGCAGGACAACAAUUUAGAAUUACUCUUAAAAGUGUUCCGAAACUUCCUAAAGAAUGAAUAAAAUAUAGAAAAAUUUAAUUUUUAACGAUUUGAGCCUUUAUACACUCUUUUUAAGUAAGAGAACAAUAAUUAAAGAAUUUAGUAAUUAAUUAAGUUUAUAUCAAUUAUUUUCAAAAAUGAUGACAAUAUCGUGAAAUUUUAAAUACUAAUUAAGAAAGAUUUAAAACAAGUAGUAUAGAAUAUAGAUAAACACAUAAAAUAAAAUGAUACAAAUGAUUAAAUUACAGUUUAAGGUGAUGGAAUAAAGAAAAUAUUUUAACUUAUUUAUCAUUUAUAAUAUAAUUAGAAAAAUGCAAACUCUAACUUAAAAAAGCAUUGGCUUUGGAUUUAGGAAACGUCUGAAUUUGAACAAUUCUGGAAAAACAUAGAAAAAAUUAUUUCUAGUAUUUAGUCUUAAUAAGAAUAUAACUCAUCUUUAUUACCUUAUAUUGAAAUUAUUUUUAUUUUAAGUGAAAUUAUUAACCCAACCGAGUCUUAGUCAGAUAGUUUUUAAGUUCUUUAAUUAUCUUAAAUGUAAUUAUCAAGUUCCUCAUAAGAUCACAAUGGUUUUGACUUUAAAAAAUUAUUCAAAAAACUUGGUUAGGAUGGUAAAGUUUAUAUCAACAGUAUUAUAAAAGAGCAAAUAGAAAUAUAAAAAGCUACUAUGUCAAAGUUAGAAGGGAUAAACUGUAAUUUAAGAAAAAGAAGUUUUCUAGAAUAUUUUUUUAAAUAGCAUUCUAAUAUAAUCAGUUUUGAAGUUAAGAAAAUUUAUUUUAGGAAUAAUAUUGAUUAAAUAAGAUUAAGAGAUGAGCUCUUAAUCUAAAUAAAUAUGGAUACAGUUUUUUAAGAUUCAUACAGAUUUAUUAGAAAUUUGGAUUCUAAUCAACUUAAAAGAGAUUUUGCCAUCAAUUUUGUUGGACAAAAUGCUUAAGAUCUUGGAGGUCCAAGAAGGCAUUGGUUUAAAAUUCUUACAUAGGAAUUCGUAGUACCAUAACAUUAAUUAUUUAUACAUACUCCUAAUCGAUCAUUUUAUGAGAUUAAUACGGAAUUUAAUGAUGAUCAUCAUCUUAAUAAAUUUGAAUUUAUUGGAAAGAUUUUUGCAAAAGCUAUUAUGUAAGACUGUUUAAUUUAUGUAAAAUAUCCUAACUACUUUUUUAAACAUAUUUUGGGUAUUAAUUUGUUUAUAAAUGAUUUUGAUGAAGAUUUAUAUAAAAGCAUGAAAUACAUUAAGGAUAAUAAUAAUAUUUCCAAACUUGAUUGUGUUUUUACAUAUUGUACUAAGAAAGGAGAAGAAAAAGAAUUAAUACCAGGAGGAAAAGAUAUUUAAGUUACAGACGAAACUAAAAAAGAAUUUAUAAAAAAAUAUUGCCAUUAAUAUAUGGCAAAAAACAUUGAACCUUAAAUGAAAGCCAUUUAAAAAGGAUUUUAUACAAUAAUACCUAAAAAUCUUAUUGCAAUUUUUGAUUUAUCUUAAUUUAAGAAAUUGUUUUGCGGUUAGGAAUAUAUUAAUGGUAAAUUAUAUUAAAUUAUGUUUUUAGUUGAGGAUCUUAUCUAGAAUCUUAAGUAUAAUCAAGCAGAUAUUUAAUUAAUUAGAUGGCUUGAAAACAUAUUAAGAACUUUCAAUUAAGAUAUGCUAGCUAGGUUUGUAAAUUUUGUUACAGGUAACAUAUUAAAGCAUCUCUAGGUACUAACCUUGUACCAGCUGGAGGAUUUUAAGAUUUAGUGAGACCAAUCGAAAUUUUAAUUAGAGAUCAUAUAACUGAUAUCAAUUGUAAAUUUCCUGAGGCAUAUACAUGGUAUAAUUCUAUAGUAUUUUACAAAGUUUCAAUCGCUUAGUAAUUCCAGCUUAUGAUUCUGAAGAAAUCUUAAGAGAAAAAUUAGAAUUAGCCUUAAAUGAUGAAAACGACAACUUUUAGAGAGGAUGA